UUAUAUCUUUAACAAAUGGAGGCAAAGACUAGUCAGAAGGAGGAAGAAGAAAGAUUGAUCCUUAAGAAAUCUGACAGAAUUAUUAAAGAUGUCUAUUCAGCUGCUCACCAAGAUUCCAGAUAUUUAAAAGAAUUCUCCAAAAAGGAUUUAUUAUUUUUACUUGGAGGGAGUAUUCCUAGUGACAAGUUUGCAAAGAGAAUGCAGUCUCUCGCAGUUCCAAAACUUCAUAAGAUAUCAUUUCCUCGCUUUCAAAACAAAGAUAAAAGCAUUCUGAACUUCAUCCUCUAUUGUUUUCCUCGUAAAGUGAAUUGUUUCAGAGUAUAUGGAGAGGUUGGACUUCCUAAAUUUAAAAGUUAUUUUCCUGAAUUAAUCAGAAAUUCUUGGAAAGUUCAAGAUGAAGUGAGCUUUAAUGGCUUCAGAAUAAACCAAAAACAGCUCCAAAGGAUAAUUUCGGUAUUCAGACAUGCAAAAUCUUUGAGUGUUUAUAACUCUAUCAUUUCAGUACCGAAAAUGCCUGACUUCACCCAUGCAUUAGGCAAAACAAGAAUCGAGAAGUUGAUUUUUAAUUUAUGUGGAGCUGUGAAUAGAAGCAACUGGACCAAUAAUCCUCAGGAAUUUGUAAAUCUCAUUGAAGGAUUAUCUAAAUCUCAAGACCUCAAGCAAACCCUAAAUUAUUUUAGCGUCAGCAAAUGCAACCUCGAAGAAGCUCCAACGAGAAGAAUCCUCAACACAUACGGUUUCCUAAAUAUAACCCUUAUCCUCUAAUUCU